UAAUCUCUACGCUUCUCUCUCUGCAAUCACUCCUUGAGAGCCUCUCUCUCUAAAGUAUUGAGUAUUGCUGACUUGAGCGUUGGAGUGUUUUCCCCGAGGAAACAACCUCGGGAUUUUCAGGUGUAGAAGCAGCUGAAGACUUCAACAGUGUUGGAUUACGAAGCUGCCGAAACAUUGGCGCCGUCUGUGGGAAGUCGAACAAAAAGCUGUGUGAUUAGACUGGCUGGAAGACAAAAUGGUCCGUACCUUUACAGGAGAGCGCCCUCCAAGAAAUGAAAUGGACGAACAGGAAGGCGGUCACGUAUCUGAGGCCGGCUUGAACGACUUCAGGCCGAUGCCAAGAAAUCUUUUUGUAGGAGGAGCCGAACAGGAUUACCUAAGUGAGACGGAUGAUGAAAGAACACCAACUGGGUAUGCAACCCAGCCUGAACAGUUCCAAGCUCCAACAGGAACAAGACAAAGAUCUGCCAGACCGAACAAUUCACAGCGGGAACGACCUGAAAAGUCAACAGAACCUGCUCGCACAACCGAGCUCGAAGAGAGAACCAGAGUUCUUGAAAUGGCGAUGGGAAAAAUCCUUGCUCGCCUAAUCCCUGAUGACCCCCUGAUUCCUUUGCUGAACAGGGAUGCACAACCGGCUGCGUUUGUUGCGACUAGAAACUCCCCCGCUCUAAGCAAUAUAGUAGUGCCGACCAGGCCUAGGGGAAGUGGGAAACUGAACAUCGAGCCCAGCUCGUCCAAAUACAGUGAAGAAUUGAUGAGAAAGAACGCAGACCUUGAAAGGCAACUGCGGGAUGUACAGAAAUCCAUUGACGAGCUGAAAAGCCCCCGUAGUAGCGAGCUAAUGCGAAUGUCACGGAGAGGCAUCUACAGCAAUAGCUGCAUUGGAUAGAGUAUAUUUUCAUCAAAAUUAAAACCUUACUAUUAAU